AUGGGUCUGCUGGACACACUGCUCGGGCGGCCGACGCUCAAGGGGCUCGUCAAGGAAGCGGAGCGAUGGAUCGUCGCCCGCGGCUUAGGGCCGGUGACGUCCGACCUGGAGGCCGGCGAGAUGCGGGCCGGUGUCGGCGCCAAGGCGAUGAGGAUCUCGCUGGGCAAUCUGUGGCAUGCCUACGAGCGCGCUGCCAAGGCUGAUCGUGCUCAGGUGAUCGACCAGUUCCUGAGCGCCGUGCUGCCGGGCCAUGAAGUGCCAGCGGCCUAUGCCGACGCGCGACCGCGGCUGCUGCCGGUCGUGCGCUGCACCAGCGGCGUCGGCAUCAUGGACCUCGCGCGCACUCGCCACGGGCCGUCCGAUCCGGCGCAUCGCGUGGCGUCACGUCCCCUGGCGGCCGACCUGCACGUGGCGCUUGUCGUCGACACGCCGAAUGCGAUGUCCUACGUGACCGACGGCCAUGUGGCCAGCUGGGGGCUGAGCUUCGAGCAGGCGAUGGCCGAUGCGCUCGACAACCUGCGCAGUCUGCCGGGGCAGGGCGGCUGGCGGCAGAUCACGCCCGGCGUCUGGAGCGGUGAAUGGGGCGACACCUACGAGAGUUCGCGUCUGCUGCUGCCGGACGUGGUGUAUCGAUCCGGCGUCAGCCAGCCCGUGGUGCUGGCGCCGUUUCGCAAUACGCUGCUCGUCACCGCCCGCGGCAACACCGCCGGCAUCGAGGCGAUGCUCGACAUCGCGGCCUCCAGCAUGGCGGACAACGCCCGUUGGCUGUCCUUCCAGCCGCUGGAGUUGCACGAGGCCCAGUGGCGGCCCGCGCGACUCGAAGGGCCGGCGGCCACGUUGGCGCGCGAGCUGGACCUGCGGUCCCUGGCUGGAGACUACGCGACGCAGAAGCAGAUGCUCGACGGCAGCUUCAAGGAGCAGAACGUCGACGUCUUCGUCGCCACCUUGCAGCUCAUGCGCAAGGACGACGGGCCGGUGAUGAGCAUGGCGGUCUGGUCGGAGGGCGUCGACACCCUGCUGCCCGAAGCUGAUGUCGUGACGAUCCUGCAUGACCUGGGGGCGGGCAACCUGCACGCCAUGCUGCCCUGGCCGGCCGUGCGCGAGCGCUUUGCCGACUUCAUCGAGGCGACGGAGCAUGUGCCGCACACGGUGCUCAGCGGCGGUGUCGCGCGCCGCGGCAGCCAGGUGGAGUCGCGCGCCGGCGCCUCCGGCGGCAUCGCCUGGGUGGACGGCAGCACCUUCGUGAGCCGUCGCAUCGACGGCGGGAUUGCCGUGGUGGAUGUGGGCGGGCACGAGGGCGUGCGGGUGACGCAGGACAACCAGGAGGUCGCCAGAACGGAUGCCCGCGGACGGGCCUUCGUGACCGGGCUUCGCGGUUAUCAGCCCAAUCGCCUGGGGAUUGAAGCCGCCGACCUGCCGAUGGAUGCGGAACUGCAGGCACUCGAGAUCAAGCUGGUCCCUGCGGCCCGCAGUGCCGCCCGCAUCGUUUUCCCGGUGCAGCAGGGACGCGCUGCGAGCCUGCGCGUUUUCGAUGCGACCGGUGAGCCGCUGCCGCCGGGCGCGGUGCUGAAGUCGGGGCCGGAGUCCCGGGCCUUCCCCGUCGGCCUCGCGGGUCGCACCUACCUGGCCGGCCUGGCGGAUGGCCGCAACGAGGUGCAGGCCCGCUGGCAGGAUGAUCGCGGGGCGGAGCGCCAAUGCCGCGUCCGCUCCCGUCAUCACGCUGCCCGACCCGACCGAGCCCAAGCCCUACGAGAAGGUCAUCACCGCCGACGCCAAGACGCAGGACGGCCUGCUGCGGGUGCACACGCUGAAGAACAAGCUGUACUUCGAGAUCCCGACCGCGGUGCUCGAACAGCCGCUGCUGAUGGUGGCCAACGCGACGGCCGUGCCCGCCGGCCUGGAGCAUGUGGGGCGCGCGCUGAACCAGGACGUGCUGCGUUUCGUGCUGCACCAGAACCGCGUGCUGUUGCAGCUCGGUCUCGCACAGCGCCGUCACCGCGCCGCGCAACGUGCUGGCCGAGGCCGUGCGCCAGUCGCCAGCGCGACGCCAUCCUGGCCGUGUUCCCGGUCGAGACAUUCGCCAAGGGCGGCGCACCGCGCCCGAUCGCUCGUGCGUGGCAACCUGGACUCCAGCCGCAGCUACGUCGAGAAGACGAAAGCCUUCCCCGGCAGCGUGCGCGUGGAUGCGGUGCAGACCUACAACGUCUCGUCCAUGCCGGUGCCCAGCCUGCCCGGCAUGCCGGUCGUGCCGCAGAUGCAGCCGGCGCGCAGCGCGUCCGUCAACGUGGCGUUCAGCAUCGUGGAGCUGCCCAAGGAACCGAUGAAGCCGCGGCUGAUGGACGACCGGGUGGGUUUCUUCAGUGUGGCGCGCACCGACUUCGGCGACGGCCUGCAGGAAGCUCGCCGCGAGCGCGUCAUCACGCGCUGGCGGCUCGGAGAAGCAAGGACCCCGCCGCGGCGCUCAGCGAGCCGGUCAAGCCCAUCGUCUGGUACAUCGACAAGGCCACGCCCACGGCCCUCGUGCCCUACGUCAAGAAGGGCGUCGAGGCGUGGAAUGCGGCGUUCGAGGAGGCGGGCUUCAAGAACGCCGUGCAGGCACGCGCCCUACCCCACUGGCGCGAGGAAGACCCCGAGUUCGACCCCGAGGACGUGCGCUACAGCGUCAUCCGCUGGGUGCCGUCCCCCAUCGCCAAUGCCUACGGCCCGCACCUGGCCGAUCCCGCGCAGCGGCGAGAUCCUGAACGCCAACAUUGUGAUGUUCCACAACAUCGUGCAACUGCAGCGCGACUGGUACGUGACCCAGGUCGGGCCACUGGACCCGCGCGCCCGCAAGCUGCCGCUGCCGGACGACCUGCUGGGCGAGCUGGUGGCCAGCGUCGUCACGCACGAGGUCGGGCAUUCCCUCGGCCUGCCGCACAACAUGAAGGCCAGCUCGCUGUACCCGCUGGAGAAGCUGCGCGAUGCCGACUGGCUGCGCACGAUGGGCCACACGCCGUCGGUCAUGGACUACAGCCGCUUCAACUAUGUCGUGCAGCCUGA